AUGUCUACUCCAAAAGUUAUCCUCGUGUCAUCAGAUGAUGAGAAAUUCCCUGUUGAACAAAAAGUUGCUGAAAAAUCAAUCUUGAUCAAGAAUAUGAUUAAUGAUUUAAACCCAGAUGGAUUAACUGAAGAUUUCGAAAUCCCUACCCCCAAUGUACGUGCCAAUGUCUUGUCUAAAGUCUUGGAAUGGUGUGAACAUCAUAAGAACACUGUUUUCCAAGAUGACGAAGAUGAAGAUGCCAAGAGAUCAGUACCUGUUGAAGAAUGGGAUAGAAAUUAUUUGAAAGUUGAUCAAGAAAUGUUGUACGAAAUUAUAUUGGCGGCUAAUUAUUUGAACAUUAAGCCAUUGUUGGAUAGUGGAUGUAAGAUGGUUGCUGAAAUGAUUAAGAAUAAGAGUCCCGAAGAGUUGAGAAAGACUUUUAAUAUUGUUAAUGAUUUCAGUCCUGAAGAAGAAGCUGCUAUCAGAAAAGAGAAUGAGUGGGCUGAAGAUAGAUAA